AUGCCUACCGCGACGAUUGGCCUGUUAGAUUGGCCAUUGGAGAUUAGGCCUGCUAGGCCGUCUUUCGACAGUCAGGAUGGAAUGAGCAAGGUGCAGGAUGUUGGGGGGUGCUUUGUUGACGAUGAUGACGAAACGCGGGAUUUGAGUAGGAGGAUAUGA